AUGAAUACAGUGGAAGAUCUCGGGAGUUAUAAGCUUCAGCUUCAACAGGUGGAAGCAGCACUCCUAACUGAACCAGAUAACGAUGAGCUAUCAAAGUUGAAAGUCGACUUGCAGGAAAUUAUUGCACUUCAAGAAGAACUGACAUCACCAAUAGUCGAACAACCAACCAGUACGACUUCUGACGAUGCUACUAAAAAUCCUUGGAAGGUGGGAGAUCAAUGCAUGGCUCCAUCUUCAAAUGGACAAAAAUAUUUAGCAGUAAUUGAUGGAUUUGCACAAGAUAAUGUUGCCGUUACACUCGUCGGUAAAGGAACAAAAGCCAUGGUUAACGUGAAUAAUCUAAGUGCAGUUCCGAAAGAUGAUGGAAAAAUGUACGUUUGGGAAAAAUCAACUAAAAGCAUGCGUCAUCGCAAAAGCGAAUGGCAGAUGGAGCGUGAAAGACGGCGACUACGAGCACUCAAAAAAGAGCACCGAAAAAAGGAACUAGAAGAAGCAAAGGAGGAUGAGAAGAGGAAGUGGCUUUCUUUUAAUGCAAAAGCAGCAAGUCGAAGCAUGAAAGGAUUUAAACGACCUACAGCAUCGGGAUCAGCUCCAGAUGGACCAGCUUGGGGUAUUACGUCACAGACGAGGAUAUCAUCACGACAAGAUCUCGGUGCCUUCAAAUCAACGCAACGUGGAAAUAUGGAUUCAUUGUUUUAA